GUCAAUUUUCUUAACGUCCGUUCAACCUCGAAUCCAUCAACGCAACGCAGAUGGGGAAUUUCUUUUCUCGAUUCCUGCCAAACCUGCCUACUCGGUUCGGAUCCGACAAACCUCAGGCUCCGUAAACCCGAGCCUCAGCCGCUCUCUUAAAAUCAUUCGACCUGCAUUUCCCUUUCAAAAAGCGACUCACAAAAGUUUUCGCAGUACAGUAAGAAAUAUUGUUGUCCGGCGGCGAUUGAGAUCACAAGUCGGAAGCCAUGGCCGAUCACGCCGGCGAGCACGACCAAAAGGAAACAUCCGCUGAAUCUCUGAUGGACAAGAUCACGGAUAAGCUCCAUGGAAGCGAUUCGUCCUCCGAUUCUGACGACGGUGAGGAUAUCAAAUCGGCAGCCUCCGCCGUUAAGGCCAAGAUCUACCGCCUAUUUGGCCGUGAAAAGCCGGUUCACAAGGUUCUCGGCGGUGGAAAACCGGCCGAUAUUUUCUUAUGGAGGGACAAGAAGAUUUCAGCUGGCGUUCUUGGUCUUGCAACCGCUAUUUGGGUGCUUUUCGAAUUGGUUGAAUAUCACCUGCUCACACUUGUCUGCCACAUCCUGAUUCUCACUCUUGCAAUCUCUUUUCUGUGGACAAAUGCUUCCUCCUUUAUCAACAAGUCCCCACCUAAGAUCCCACAUGUUGUGCUCCCUGAGGAUAUUGUCCUAGGUGUAGCGUCAGCCCUUAGGAUCGAAGUCAAUGGUGCUUUCUCCACUCUUCGAGAAAUAGCAUCUGGGAGAGAUAUAAAGAAAUUUCUCGCCGUGAUUGCUGGCCUUUGGGUUGUAUCAGUUUUGGGGAGCUGCAUGAACUCCCUUACCCUAUUUUACAUAUGCUUCGUUUUGCUGCACACGGUGCCUGUGCUGUACGAGAAAUACGAAGACCAGGUAGAUGCUUUUGCUGAAAAGGCCGAGGCCGAGAUCAAGAAACAGUACGCCGUUUUCAAUGUCAAGGUUUUAAGCAAAAUUCCGAAAGGUCCUCUCAAACACAAGUUCGCUUAAGAUCCGACAAGGUUAUGAAACUUGCGUUACUAGGCUCUUGGGUGGUAGGGUGUGCUUUCUAACUUUUUGUUGUUUUGGGUCAUAUUUUUUCUGGUAGAACCCUUGUCUGGUGGUUUGUGUUUGAUUACAUCUGAUAUUGAGCAGAUUUGAGUUUUUAAUUUGAAGAUGCUUCAUGGAUAGCUGGAUUUUAUUUUGGUUUGGUAUGUUUACUGAAUGUGAAUGCGUUGAGAUUUUGUGGGGAAUUAUAGAGAUUCACCUGGUCAGUCUUUUCUGACUUUUUGACUCCUCAAUUUGGUGAGUUUGCAUUCAAAAAGGUGAUCACGGUGCAUAUCUUCUGUUGAAUUCAAAGUCAUUCCUUGCAAGCAAUAUAACUUGUGUCGU